AUGAUUAAACGCAAAGUGGUUUCUACAAAAAAAGCGCCUCAGCCCGAUGGACCUUGUAGCCAAGCAAUUGUUGUCCAGAAUAUGGUCUUUGUAUCAAGUUGUUUUGGAAUAGACGAAAAUGACCAAAUGCCGGAAACUCUUGUUGAACAGGCGGAAUUAGCAUUGCAUAAUAUGCACUGCAUUUUAAGAGCCGGUUGCUCCGGUUAUUCACAGAUUGCAAAAAUAACAAUUAUGGUGAAGGAUCUUCAAACGAUAGAUCAAGUUUAUGAAGUCUGCGGCCGGGUUUUUAAGAACGACUGUCCUGCGCUAACCGUGUUCGAAGUGGCCAACUUGCACCGCGGCGCCCUUGUAGGAAUGGACUGCAUUGCGAUUGCUCAAACACCUCCUUUGGGAGCUUCGUAG